CAUGACUGCAGGACAUAGCGAGAGUAGGUUAUCUGACAAUGACGAGUGGUGUGUGAUCCGUACCAAAGGUGUACUACCGUCAUGUGGCCACCAGGGGGCUGGAGAGGUCACAAUGCAGCAUAAUGGCAAGUCACACACACUCAUAGCAGUACAGACGCUCACACGUAGCCAUGAUGUGCCCUACAUUGAGUCCCGCACCUCGCGGACCUGGCCUCUCGGACAUGCACCAAUACAGCCAAUGGCUGGCCAUCAGGCAUGAGGCCAACCUGCUGCCCAUGAAGGAAGACCUGGCUUUAUGGCUGACCAACAUGCUGGGGAAGGAGGUAACGGCGGAGGCGUUUAUGGAGAAGCUGGAUAAUGGGGCAUUACUCUGUGAACUUGCGGAAACUCUACAGAAUAAAUUUAGGGAGAAGCACCUGGACACCAAGAAGACUGAGAAGGACCUGCCAUCCAGGAGGAUUCCGUACCGAUCCAACGCCCCAUCUGGCUCCUUCUUUGCAAGAGACAACACGGCAAACUUCCUGUCCUGGUGCAGGAGGAUAGGCGUUGGGGAGACGUGUCUGUUCGAGUCGGAAGGACUCGUGCUCCACAAGCAGCCCCGGGAGGUGUGCCUAUGCCUGCUGGAGCUGGGCAGGAUUGCAGCCAGGUUUGGUGUGGAGCCACCUGGAUUAAUAAAGCUGGAAAAAGAGAUUGAACAGGAAGAAACUCUUUCAACCCCGACCCCGUCCCCAUCCCCGUCUCCGACAAAGUCCUCAUCUGGAAAGAAAAGCGCUGGGAAGCUGCUAGAUGACGCAGUUCAGCACAUUUCCGAGGACCCCCCCUGCAAAUGCCCCAAUAAGUUCUGCGUGGAACGUCUCUCCCAAGGAAGAUACAAAGUCGGAGAGAAGAUCCUCUUUAUCAGGAUGCUCCACAACAAACACGUGAUGGUCCGCGUUGGAGGCGGAUGGGAGACGUUUGCCGGUUAUCUGCUGAAGCACGACCCGUGCCGAAUGCUGCAGAUAUCACGCGUGGAUGGGAAGACCUCGCCGGUCCAAAACAAGUCCCCCACCAUCAAAGAAAUGAGUCCCGACACCUAUCUGGUGGUCUCCGCCCAUUACAAAUCCAAGAAGGAGAUCAAGUGAAACAUUUCUGCGGUUCCGCCUGAGCGGCCGCACUCAUAGGCCAGGACGCAUUAGACGCACCAUGCAAGGGUGCCCAGCGGGUUAGAUAUUCCUACAAAUGAUGUAUGUUUAGCAAUGCCUUAUUGUGUGUGUGAGGAACACUGAAGGAUCCGCUGAAUUAUACCUAUAAUAGUGCCUGAUCAGGUUACUGACAGGGAUACAAUAUUACACUGCUAUAUUGCCAGGUUCCCAGUGUAGCCUCUACACUCUAUUAGCUUCCAUUAUCUUCUUCAGGGUAGGAAGGAGGAUACUACCCCCCACCCCCAACCGCCUUUCAUCUCUUACCGUACCUUGUCCAACAUCUUCUCUCUUCUGUACCUAGAAUAAGGACGAUUGGGAACCUUCCCCUCUUACACGUUAGAGAUUAUUACUGGGACGGCAAACGACAGGAAAAAUGAGAAAAUAUUUUUUUACAUUCUGUAAUAAUUAUCCAUCUGUAUCUUUGUAUCUGUGGCGGCUCUGCAUCUUGUUGGUGGGUCACUACAUUUCUAAUCUCCCCCAGUAUUCUGUUUUCCAUCACUUCUGUACAUUACAGAGCCGGGCUGUGUAGUCCUGUUGAGUAUGUUUGGAAAAGCUUUGUGUUCUAGACUCGUAUAGGUUGUAGAAGGCUGUAGGCAUAAUCCCGGCUUCUGAUUACAUUCAUGUGGUCACAGUAACCUGAGUGACAAUGUAUACAUGGCUUACUUAGCUAUCAGCCUUUGGCUUCUUCCACCCAACCGAAUUACACAAAGAGCACCCAGGACCCGCUGGCACCAGCCUUUAGAAUUUAUGUAAAGAAAACUCCCAAGAGCAUUGUAAAUAGCCGCACUUACCUCCAGCCUGUAGAAAAGUAGAUGGCCAAUGUUUGGGAGUUCCCAUGUUUCAGGCUUACCUUGGCCGGAGCUGGUGACAUUUUGGCAGGAGAACCUGGAGGAGAAUGAAAGCCAAGCUGAACACUUGUCGGCUUGCCCAUAGUAAAGGCAGUUCAUCAUAUGCACUCAGGGCCGUCUUUUCAUAUGGGCUCAAUGGGCUCUUGCCCAAGGGCCCCAGGAGUAAAAGGGCCCUAAACUGAUAGCUGAGGGUCCCCUCUUUCCAGGGGUACCAGAUUUUUGAAAAUCGGCCCUAGGGAACCAGAGAUAUCUGACUUCAAAGCAGUGGUCCCCAUCCAAGCCUGUUAAUUGCUCUUCCCAGCCAGAUAUCUCUGGCUCUGUAUGACUUAGAGUUUUUCCGAUGGUACAUUUCAAAAGCUGGGGCUCUCCACUUCUGGUGGACACUAGCAGCUUGUCUCUACUAUGCCCAGAACCAGAGAUAUCAGCCUUCAAGCAGCUGGUCCCUGCUCCAGCUCCACAAGCCUAAUAUGCAGUUUUAUAUAUUUGUUGGUGGGUUGCUCUGGCUCCAGAACUCUGAUACCCAAGUCCCAAGUACCUCCAGAAAGGUGUCCCCAGUACCUCCUGAAAGGUGGGAGACUCUAAUUUUAAUCCCAUUCAAAGCUAAGAAAUCUUUUUCCAGGAACUUGAGAUAUCUUCAGUCAAGCAAGCUGCCCCCCACCAGAAAAUGAUGAAAAUUAAGCCCACUCCACUAUCGACCUCUCCCUUAUAUAUUAAACACCCCAUACCACCCUGGAAGUCAUGUAUCGGGGCCCCUUCAUUCAGCCCAACUCCCCUUCUACAGAUUAGUGAUCUCCCUCCCGCUCCCGCCCCAUCUGUGCAGUAAAGGAGUAAUUAGCAGAAAUUACUGCUCCAGGUCCUACAAGCUGAGCGAAAGAUAGUACACCCCCUACCGCCCGCGGGACAUCAAAGCUGCCGCUAAUAGCACCCACACCCAUGGAGGAUGGGUAGGGGCCCCAGUGUAUUGCUGUGCCCAGGGGCCCACACUGCUGUUAAGACGGCCCUGUAUGCACUUUCAAUCUUUCCCAGGUUCCUAUUCCCAGGAAGACACCACUGCUGGCCUUGGAGGUGUAAGUGCCUCCUCAGCCAUCAGCAUAACUACAGAUCACAGAGGCUGGAGGCAGCUCCCAUUGCAGUAUACGCAAUCUGGGGGGGGACACAUUCCUAAGGGAAGAACAUUCUCCAUAUGUAAUUGUGGUGGAUGAAAUCUAUGUUGGAGUUUUGUAUCUAACGCCCCAUAUGACGAUAUAUUCGGAAGGAGAUGACAUUCUACAAACACUCUAAAAGGAGCAGUUAUCUGCAUGGCAUAAAAACACGAAAUCCUAAAUCGCUGAGAACUUUCAGCAUAACGCAUUGUGUAAAGCUGAAUAUAAUUGCAGUUACUGUCAUUACAAUUUGUGCAUGCCACGAUUACGUGAUGCGUCAGUCAUAGACUAGAGGCCUGACCAGGAGACGUACACAGGUGCGAUUUCACUCACUGUACAAUUGCAAAAAUAUGCUAAUGAUUCAGACGCCUUCUUGCGCAUAUUGAGGCCCACUGCCGGCAUCACACAUCCGCCGCUUACGGACAAAAGCGGGAACAUUGGGGGUCAUUCCGAGUUGUUAGCUCGGUAAAUUUCUUCGCAUCGCAGCGAUUUUCCGCUUAGUGCGCAUGCGCAAUGUCCGCACUGCGACUGCGCCAAGUAAAUUUGCUAUGCAGUUAGGAAUUUUACUCACGGUUUUUUCCUCGUUCUGGUGAUCGUAAUGUGAUUGACAGGAAGUGGGUGUUUCUGGGCGGGAACAGGCCGUUUUAUGGGUGUGUGUGAAAAAACGCUACCGUUUCUGGGAAAAACGCGGGAGUGGCUGGAGAAACGGAGGAGUGUCUGGGCGAAUGCUGGGUGUGUUUGUGACGUCAAACCAGGAACGACAAGCACUGAACUGAUCGCAGAUGCCGAGUAAGUCUCGAGCUACUCAGAAACUGCACAGAGAUGUAUUUUCGCAAUAAUGCAAAUCUUUCGUUCGCAAUUUUAAGAAGCUAAGAUUCACUCCCAGUAGGCGGCGGCUUAGCGCGUGCAAUGCUGCUAAAAGCAGCUUGCGAGCGAACAACUCGGAAUGACCCCCAUUGGGCGUAGCAGUGGACCUCUGAGCACCCUAUGCUGUCUCAGACUGAGAAGCUCUCUUAAGAUGCCGUGGCCUCGCCAGCUGCAAAUUCCCAGUGGCUGAUUUUGGCAUACUCUUAAAAAUGUCCCGACACGCCUGCGUUUUUCUAGCCAACCCCCAUUGCCUCCCCCAAACGCUGUCACUCACUAUAAGAAUAAAUCCUCUGUGUGCUAUCGCUGAUCCAUCUCCACAUAUGCGCAGUGCACAGAGAGCAACAGCAACUGUGACACCUACAGGUUACAAAGCAGCGGACUUAAUAAAACCUCUGCUAAAAUUAAAUGCAGGUAUCAAUUACCCACUAUAUUAAUCUGUUACAUGUGUAGUUCUUUACUUUAAUGUUGUGUAAAUCAUACACCGAACACUGUGUGCUGACAUGUACUAACAGAGUGCAAAUGUGCAGUAACUAACGGCAACCAGCAUCUAAUCAGCUUAUGAUCUAGUCAUACGGAAAAGUGGAUUUCUGAUUGGCUGCUGCAGGUCAUUAGUAAAUAACCGGUCGUCUCUUGCGGUUUUACAUCAGGAGGCCACUGAUGGGACGAUCACAAGGGUAUAGCCAGUGACCUACCUAAAAACACCUACCUCGGUUUGCCCAAUUUCUAAAUCUAUCCAGUGUAGUCAACAGAACUAGUAAAACCGAAAUAGAGUUUUCGCCGAGAUUCAGCAGAAAAAUAAGAAUUAUUGGAGACUAACAAAUUUCCUACAAAAAGUGGAUUAGUAUUAUAUGUACAAAUAGUAUAUCAAACAAAUAAAGGACCCACUGAAUGGAGUGCCUCAAUUAAAGUUUCCCCAUCUCUCAUUCGUAGCAGGAUUACUAUAUAAUGAAUAGAUAAUGCCGCCAAUCAAGCACCAUUAGUAGAUCACAAAAUGUGGCUGAUCUGUUUUUCUGGAGAA